CCCUCUAUGACUGUCAACCAGUAUCUCUCUCCUACCCUUGCAGCAUCUUUCCUCACUGUCCCAUUGCUCUACCAGCACCUACCUGAAGAGUGGAGGAGCCUUUAGAACUUCCAGUAUUCUAUUAUCCUAGAACAGACCACAUCCUUAAUUCAUGUGCCCAAUGACGCUUAUAACUUUAAUCAAGAGACCCUGAGAUGGAAAUGUAACUGGUUUUACCACCACACACAUGAAAAUAGAUCAUCCAGACUUGGGAUUCUCUGAGGAUGUAAACUCAGAACACAUCAGCAAUGGGAGCCAAUAAUUCAACGAAAACCGCAGUGUGCUAUGAAAAUGAAGAGGUUAACUUUAACCAUUUCGAAAUUCUGCGGGCCAUUGGAAAAGGCAGUUUUGGGAAGGUUUGCAUUGUGCAGAAAAAUGACACAAAGAAAAUGUAUGCUAUGAAAUACAUGAACAAACAGAAAUGUGUGGAACGUAAUGAGGUGCGAAAUGUAUUCAAGGAACUGCAGAUCAUGCAAGGUCUUGAGCAUCCAUUUCUAGUGAACUUAUGGUAUUCUUUCCAAGAUGAAGAAGACAUGUUUAUGGUUGUAGAUCUUCUUCUUGGUGGAGACUUGAGGUACCAUCUGCAGCAAAAUAUGCGUUUUACAGAAGCCUCUGUAAAGCUCUUCUUCUGUGAACUGGCACUGGCACUCGAAUACCUUCAGAGCAAAAAUAUCAUUCAUCGAGACAUCAAGCCAGACAACAUUCUACUUGAUGAACAAGGUCAUGUGCAUUUAACCGAUUUUAAUAUUGCUACUCUGGUUACUAAAGGCGCAAAGAUCACAACAGUAGCUGGAACAAAACCUUACAUGGCGCCUGAGAUGUUCUACCCAAGAGGAGAGAUCUGCUACUCGUUUGGUGUUGACUGGUGGUCUUUAGGAGUCACUGCGUAUGAACUUCUCCGAGGCAGGAGACCGUUUCACAUCCACUCAAGUACCGCCGCCCCUGACAUAGUGCACGUGUUUCAUACUGCCACUGUUACCUUCCCACCUGCCUGGUCCGAAGAUAUAAUAUCUCUCCUGAACAAACUGUUGGAGAGGAAUACAGAAGAUAGAUUUUCAAGCUUGGCAGAUCUCAAAGAGUUCCCCUAUUUAUCAGAAGUUAACUGGGAUGCUAUACUAGAGAAGAAGGUGUUGCCAGCAUUUACCCCAACGAAAGGACGGCUGAAUUGUGACCCAACUUUUGAACUUGAAGAAAUGAUUCUCGAAUCGAAACCUCUACAUAAGAAAAAGAAGAGAUUAGCAAAGAGAGUUAAGGAAACUAGCAAAAGUCGCUCUUUAAUGAAUGGCAACUUGCAGAAACAUCUGGAAUCAGUGGAGAGGGAUUUCAUUGUUUUCAAUAGAGAGAGAAGUAAACAGGAUGUCAAUGAAAAUCAAAAACAAGUAACAUUGGACCAAACCAAAGAAGAAGAUGAAGAUGGAAAAAACAAUAAUCUACAGUCCUUAUAAUCUUCAAUACUUUAAUCAAAUAUUAAUGUGGCCAUUGCUGUUUAGGACUUAAUGGUCUGAAGCCAAGUGAAAUAAUUAAUUAAACAUGAUUUAGCCAAAGUUGUAGAUGGAAAAUGGCGCUAUGUAAGACUGUGAGCUUUGGCUCUCUUUAGAAAGGUCACACAAGUCUUAUCAAAAUUUAGACAUGAACAUGCUUACUUUUAAUAGAAAAAAAGAGCUAAAUAUCACUUUCAUAGUAUGUUUUAUAAAUUUGCAAUAAUAUAUUUUCUUUACGUAAAUAUAUCCGUGCUUUUAUAGAUGCAUUCACGCCCGAGAUAAGUCAUAGUAUUUGUAUCUAAGUAAUAAAGUGAAUGGUAUUUGCAAUGAUUGCCUGUUGUUCAAGUCUACUUUUAUUCAUUUUAGCAAUAGUUAUUUAUCCUCCUGAGAUUUCAAAAUAUAAAUUAUUUUUAUCCCCUUGCAUUUCAGAUGUUAGUCAAAGCAGAGUUUUAUAUAAAAUAAAGCAAUAGCAAUAAAAAUAGCUGCUAACAAAACCACAGGCCUUAGAAAAUCAACUGCUACUAAAAAGUAAGCUAUAAUAAAACUGAUCUAAUACAUAAAAAAAAAAAAAAAAGAGCAACGUUAUAAAGGAACAAACUGUUACCGUCAAAAAGUGAUAAGAGCAGGUCUGGAGUCAUUCUACAUCUGAUAUUUGUUACAAAUAAGUAAAAAUUAAGUGUAAUCUUGUCCUCUUAAUAUACCACUUCACUACCAAGCGAUUCUUGUUUUAAAAAAAUAUUAGCAUAACAUUUCUUUGAAACACAAGGUAUGUAUAGCUUGCACAUUUACAUGUAAUCCAAACAUGUCAAACUCAAAGGCUAAGAUGGGCCAAAUAAACAAGGUUUUUGUUUAUGUGUGCCGCAAAAAAAACAAAAACGUCAGUUUCCGUAGAAACUUAGGUUUAUUUAGAAAAGUACAGUAUAAAAAAAGUUGCCUAACUGACACUGGACGUCCUCGCGCUUGUAGGUCUUCAAAAUAAACAAAAGAGCAAAUUUAUUUUAAGAAAUGCAUUUGCAUAUAAACAACAUUUCAG